CCAACUGGAUCACCAGCACCACCAGCAGCGUCACUGGAGCCCACAAAGCUUCCUCAAUUGAGCGCUUGCUACGAAAAACCAGAAUCCAACAGUAGAGAAGCAGAGAAACCAUAAUCCGGAUGCAAUACCUGAAUUAUUGCCAUCCUCUAUCGGUUCCUCAUCUUCAUCUUCAUCUUCAGCUGAACCUGAACCUGAACGAGAGUCGAGUUCUUCUUUGUGCUUUGCUGCUCCGGUUUCACCAGCGGUACUAGUAGCUGCAGCUGCAGCUGCGACUUGUGCAGCAAUGUUCGGCGGCGGCGGCGGCGGCGGCGGAGGGAGUGUGUAUUGGGGGAGGAGAAGGAGGAGCAGGGAAUUCAAAGGGAUCGUGGUGAUAUUCGCUUGGGUUUCCGCUCAGCCGGUGGAUUUGAGGAGCCUCGUCGAUUUGUAUUCCUCUCUCGCUUGGAAUUCUCUCGUUUCCCAUGCCGAUUUCCUCACCGCGUUUGAUCCUGAUAAAGCCAUUUCUUUGGCUUUUCUUCUCCUCAGUGAACUCGUCCAGGAGCUAAGGGUUCGGCCAUGUCCAGUUGUCUUUGUGGCUCUUUCUGGUGGUUCAAAAGCUUGCAUGUCCAAGGUUUUUCAGAUUAUCCAAGGGUCUUGUGAAGGUCACCUUAACCUGGAUGAAAGCCGUUUAGUUGGAAACUGUUUCUCUGGGCAUAUCUAUGAUUCUAGCCCAGUAGACUUUACAAGUGAUUUGGCUGCCCAGUUUACUCUUCCUGCCAUUCAGAAAAUGCCCGGCCCAUCAAAAUUCAUGUCUUGGUUGGCAAAAGGGGUCACUUCUGGUCUUGACGGUUUGCACCUUACUAGGUUUGAGUACCAACGUGCACAGUAUUGGCAGAAUCUGUACUCUUCAGCAGAGUUGGGGGCUCCAUACCUGAUUUUGUGCUCAGCUAAUGAUGAGGUUGCACCUUGUAAUGUUAUCUGUGAAUUCAGCCAUCAGCUACAAGAACUCGGCGCAGAUGUCGCACUUCUGAAGUUGCAUUCUUCUCCUCACCUAGGUCACUACAAGCAUCAUCCAACCCCAUACAGCACUGCAGUGACCAAUUUCCUAGAGAAAGCUGCAUCAGUUUACUGUCAAAGAAUCCAACAACUAGAAGAGGGGUUAAAGAUGAAUGAUAUGCAUCACAAAAUAUCAAACAUGGUAUGCGACCUUCAGCAAGUCGCAAUCGACUCAAACGAAGGGUUGAAAAGAGUUCCACCAGUGCUGCCCAAUGACGACUUCUUUGCACCAAGUUCUUCCAAAGACCAUAACAACAAAGAAGAAGGGAAAGCCAGCUCCUCCACAAACCUAACGAGUCCGCCCAGAAUCAGCGCUCACGGCGUUCUUGGCCAGGCACUCUUCGAUGUUUGCGUCCCCAAGUAUGUGGACGGAUGGGAUAUCAGGUUUUCUGGAUGCCUCAAUGGGAAACCUGUUGCUUCUGCUGGCAAGCGCCCGCAUCUCCAGGCCUUGAAACGCUUUCGCCGCUCGAGAUUAUAGUGCUUGCAUGCUACGAGACGAGUUAGCAAGCCAGUGAUGUGUCUCGGGGACCAUUUUGAGGCUGGUCCAUGUUUUUUGGGAUGUAGAAGUGUACAGAUAAUGCAAGAAGUAUGGCGAUAGGUAGAGCAAGGGAAAUCCGCAAAUGCUGAGCGUGAAAAGGGUCCAAAGAUCUGCGUCGAGGCUUAGAGGAUAAGCUGUAAAUACUUGUCUAUACUUGAAGAACAUAUGUACAUAUGUAGUCUUGGUAUUGUCAUGACAUAGAAACCAACAUAGCGCAAUGCGUCGUAAUAUGUCGCGGUUGAUGACUUGAUGUACAAGUAUGUAUGAAAAAUGACCAUGUCUGAUGCUAAGUUAGAAAUUGUGUUUGGAACUGGGUUGCUAUUUUACAACCUAGUUAAUCUGCUAACUUGAAAAUUCGUUAGUAUAUACUAACUAAUAUCCAAAAUGUAUGAACUAAUAUCCAAGUAUUCUAAGUAUCUAGAUAGCACAAACUAGUACUCAAAACAUCACAAACUAUUAUCCAGAUAGCAGAUACCAACUAAUAUCCACAAUCAACCAACUAGUAUUCAAUAUGGAUACUCUUAUGGGUUAUCUGAAUACUAAUUAUGUGCUGUUUGGAUACUAUUCUGUGUUGUCUAGAUAUUAGUUUGUGAAUUUGUGAUAAUGGUUGAUUCAUGGUGGAUAUCAGUUAGCAAACUUUGAAUACUAGUCUGUGCUCUCUAGAUACUUUAGUACUUGGAUAUUAGUUCAUGUAAUUUGGAUAUCAGUUAGUAUCUGCUAACGAAUCUUCAAGUUAGCAGAUUAACUUUCCCCGCUAUUUUAGGGUUUGAUUGAAGGGGGAGAAAUGACUAAAGAAGCCGGAAGUAAGAGAAGCAGGUUUUAGGACCAGGUAGCAGUUAUCAUCUCGAUGAACAGUGAUCAACAACCACAUCUAGGGUUGUUAAACGGUUGUCUUGUUAGCGGUGUAACCGAUAACCGAACCGGUAAGUGACGGUUAAUUGUUGCACCGAUAGCCGAUUAAACAGUGAACGGUCAG